CUGUAAGAAAAUAGAGCUGYCUGCUCAGAGUGCUCUGUCCCCGGCCUGGCAAGAAGAGAGGGGCAAGAUGCAGCUGAGGUUCUGGCUGGCCACUGGUGUGCUGCUGGCAGCGCUGGGCACUGCCUGGCUGCAGGAGAGUGUGUGUCGGGCACCGGAUGGCAAGGACGGCCUCCCCGGCGUGCCUGGCCUUAACGGGAGGCCAGGGCAGAAAGGUGACAUGGGAGAGCCAGGGAAGCCAUCACGGAGAACUGGCAUCCGUGGACCCAAAGGGGAUGAAGGUGAGCCAGGGAUCCCUGGCACUCCAGGAAACCAAGGCUACCUUGGCCCAAGCGGACCCCCUGGGCUCCCAGGUGAGCCAGGGCCAAAGGGGGCCAAGGGCAAGGCCGGUAACAUCAGGGAGCAGCCGCGUCCAGCCUUCUCGGCCUCAAGGAAAUCCCCACCAUCCCGGGGCCACACUGUUGUGUUUGAUAACAUCAUCACCAACCAGGAGAACUCCUACAGCGCCCAGACCGGGGAGUUCACUUGCAGAGUACCUGGCCUCUACUACUUCGCCUACCAAGUCAUCUCCAGCGGAGACCUCUGCCUGAGCAUCACCAAGAACAGGGAGAGGAUGGUCAGCUUCUGUGACAACAACGCUCGCAACAUCCUGCAAGUGAACUCAGGCAGCAGUGUGCUCAGCCUGGCGGCGGGUGACAAGGUCUCGGUGACCACCGACCCGCUGAAGGGCAGCAUGAUCUACAGCRGCUCCGAGGCAGACAGUGUCUUCAGCGGCUUCAUGCUCUUCCCACAAAUGGGCUGAGGGAUCACCAGCUCCCAGGCUGGACCCGUCCUGCUUUGCACUGGAGUAUGGCUUGCGCACAAGGGUGCAUGUUCUCAUGCUCCACAGGUGCAUGCAGGUGGGUUUACAUUGUGGCUCUUGGGGCUGUCCUAGCACAGGGGACAGCCAUGAACUCUGCUGCUGCUCCAAGACUUCUCUUCCAUCAGCAUCACAAGGUGACCAGGCUGCAGGAGACCACUGACGCAGUGAGAUCUUGGCCUCCAGGCUGUGCUGAGCCUGCCUUUCUGCUGGAGCUGGUCAAGAGGACUCUUAGCACCAGCAGCCCUUUCAGCACCUGCAAUUGGAGAUCCCAUGAAAGAAGGGAUCGGUUGUCACCUGGGCCAUUCCCCAGCUGCAGCUCUUUGCUCCUGAACGGGAACACACCACAUGCCACCGCUUUGCUGUGCUAGCCRUUGCAAAGGCCUUUCUGGCAUGAGGCCACCCUUGCCUUUCACGUCCUUCCUGCCAGCACAAAUAAACCCC